AUGUCUGGUGUGGUUAUCCCCACUUCUCAGAUGAGGAAAGGGGCCACCAAGAAGGGAAGUGACAGCUUCGUGUUUGGGGCUGAAGAUAGGGUCUCUGGGCCUCAGACUUGCUACGAUGCCUCCCCUGCUACUGUGGACUCUCCCUUUGGAAUGAAGGAAGGCACUGUCAGUUGUCCAUCUGCCUUGUUCAGUGUGAAGAGCAUCAUUGGUACUAAAGUUGGAGCAGGAGCCUACAUCCUCAGCCGAUUUGCACUCAAUCAUCCAGAGCUGGUGGAAGGUCUUGUGCUCAUUAAUAUUGACCCGUGUGCUAAAGGCUGGAUUGACUGGGCAGCUUCCAAACUCUCAGGCUUGAUGACCAACAUUGUGGACAUAAUUUUGGCUCAUCACUUUGGGCAGGAUGAGCUGAAAACCAACUUGGAUCUGAUUCAAAGUUACAGAUUACGAAUUGCCCAAGGUAUCAACCAAGGAAACCUAGAACUUUUCCUGUGUUCUUAUGAUAGACGCAGAGACUUGGAGAUUGAAAGACCUAUACUGGGCCAAAAUGAUAACAGAUUGAAAACAUUAAAGUGUUCCACUUUACUGGUGGUGGGAGACAGUUCACCUGCUGUGGAGGCUGUGGUUGAAUGCAAUUCUCGCCUCAACCCCAUAAAUACAAUUUACAGAAGGUAAUGAAUGGCAGACUGUGGAGGACUGCCCCAAGUAGUUCAGCCUGGGAAGCUCACUGAGGCCUUCAUGUACUUUUUGCAGGGAAUGGGCUACAUACCGUCGGCCAGCAUGACCCAGCUCACCCGAUCACGAACCCACUCCACCUCAAGUAGCAUUGGCUCUGGAGAAAGUCCCUUUAGCAGGUCUGUGACCAGCAAUCAGUCAGAUGGAACUCAAGAAUCCUGUGAGUCCCCUGAUGUCCUGGACAGACACCAGACCAUGGAGGUGUCCUGCUGAGCAGACGGGUCCUCUAAAGCCCCUCCUUUAGAUGACACUCCAUAACAGAACAUUUCAUCCCAUCAACCGGCCUCCACUUUCUUUCACUCAUGCAUGGCCACAGAACCUUUCUCUAGUAGCCUGGAUU